AUGGGUGCUGGCGGUGACACGGCAACGCCUCGGUGCACACAACGGGAGAGGACGGAACGCAGCAGUGCUGUGAGGAGCCCCCACACAGCCAGCUCGUUCCUUGCUGACCCGGAGCUUUUCCAAGGUGUUUUCUGUGCAGUUGACAUCGAGGCCGGACUGCAGGAUUCGGUGACCCGGAGCAUUUCCGAAGCAUCUGCCAUCCCUGCGGCCGGUGCCCUCGAGAACGGACUGCAGGACUUGCUGUCCCGUUUCUUUUCUGAGACUUCUCUCUUGCUGGUGCCCUCGAGGACAGCCUACAGGACUUGGUUUCCUGUAGCUUUCCCAGCCUUCCCGAGGCUCCUCUGUUGCAGGUGCCUUCCAGGCACAACUGCAGCACUUGCUCAUCUGGAGCUCUUCCCAGGCAUCUCUCCUGCAAGCAGUCAUAACACCAGUGACAUGGAGCAGACACCUCCCAGCGUGCCCAAGCUGGCCUGGCUGGAGGAAGAGGAGGAGGCUGGAGCUACCUCAGCACAGCAGCCUGAAGAGCUGGAGCAGUUCCAGCUGCUGCAGGAGGAUGCAGCCAAGGACCGGACACAAGAACAGAAACCCGCCCGUGGCUGCUUCCGCAGAACAGCGCAGAUGAUCUGUGAAUUCAUCACGUGCGUUUGGCAGGAAGAGACCACAGGUGUGGGCACCGGGGUCUUGGCAAACUUUCACCUCUUCAGUGCCGAGACCAGUGCUGCCAUGCUGGAUUUGCUUGUGGAGAAGGGUGUCUCCAAUCCAAAGCAAGUGCCAGCCAUGGUGAGGUACAUCCACCGGUGGCUCACGGCCAACGGGUCUGCUGGGCACAGGCUGGACAAGGCCCUUCUGGAGCUGACCAAGGAAUACCCCUCUGAUGUGCUGAUCACUCUCUUGCGCUGGGCCCCAUCGUGUGACAGAGCUGCCAUGACCAUGUGGGGCACCAUCAUGUCCUCGAGCAGGACUGCGGAGCCGGCGCUGCAGAUCCUCCUCCAUGUGCUGAGCGCCUGGCCAGUGGACAGCGUGUACACCUCCGAUGGGGACAGCACAGGAGUCUUUGCCCUGGCUGCAACCAUGACACUGUGGAGGGUCUUCAAUCUGACCUGGUGCCCCCCUGUAGUGCUGGAGUAUUUCCCCAGUCUCUUUCUGCGUCUGCUCUUCCAAGCUUACAUCAGCACGCUGGAUAUUUCAGAAGAGGUUGAUACCUUCUGGAAGGGAUGCCAGGAGCAACACGGCCUUGCCGCCAACCCCAACAGCUUUGCACUGCAGACCCUGAAGGCCCUGCUCUGCCGAAUGCGCUAUGAGCACGUGGUGGUAGCCAUGGAACGCAAGUGUGCCUGGGACACCCUGCUCUGUGCCGACAGCCACCACUAUGCAGUGGGUCUGCUGGCCAGGGAGAUGCGCCGUGUCUCCAUCAUCUGGUGUUGCAGCAUCGCAUCCUGCCUCUUUGACCUGCUCAGCCAAGACAUUUCGGACUGGGAACUGCCCGCCCUGGCGUUCCUCGUGGAGGUCCUCGACUGCCUGGACUUGAAUGAAUGCGGUGAAAACGUCCUGCAGAUCAUGACGAGGCACCUGCAGAGCAAGUCCAGGCAGGUGCGUCGUCUGGCGCUCAGAGGCCUCGUGGUGCUCAGCAAGGACCCCUCGAUGAACAAAAGAAUGUACAGCCUGACGGAAAGCCUCGGGAACCUACUGUGGGACGCGGAUGAAGACAUCGUUGAGAUGGCCGUCGCUGUACUCGGCUUUCUGCUCUUGCAGAAAGACCUCGCAAUAGCCAGCCCCGUCGCCCUGCAGCUGGCUGAGGCGCUCUGGCAACUCUUUGACAAUGACAACAGCCUUGUGCAGCUGCUCUCCGUUCGCCUCUUCCAAGAGCUGAUGAAGCUGGUGGUGGCCAAGGGAAAAAAGCCCCUGAAGAAGCGUGUGAGCAAGAGCCUGCUCCCACUCUUCUUCAACUGCCAUGAUGAGAACCAGCGUGUGGCACAGGCCUCUCGGGAAACGCUGCUUUCUGCAGUCAAGUUCCUGAAGAGAAGGGAUCUUCAGCACCUGGUGAAGACGGAUCAGAUGUGGAGCUUUGCCGAGUGCUUGCUGGCAGAGGACAGGAGCCGAGCGGCCGAGCACCUGCGCCUGGCGCUGCCCUACCUGCAGAGCCCGCAGGAGCCCCUGCGAGAGGCGGCCGUCAGGUUCAUCGGGCUCGCCGGGCGCUACCUGAGAGGGAAGCAGCAAGAGUUCCGGAUCAUCUGCAGGGCCCUUCAGGACAUGAUGGAUGACAUCAGCCCUGCCAUCUCAUGCCUGGCACUUCAAACUCUGUACAUCAAUUUAGCUGUACAGAGCAUUCCCUCCUCCCGCCCCCGGGAUAUGCACGAUCAACUCCGCCGGCUCUGGAGGUCAUGGCCUUUCCUGCGUCGCUGUGGCUGGCUGUCCUGCUGCAGCGCUGUGGAGAACUGAUCCGCGAGGCUGCGUCUGCUGGGGCCACCCGAGCCUGCGGGGAACAACUCCCCUCUGCAAGCGCUUCCUUUCACCCCGCUGUAGGAUUAAUAAAUGGCUGUUGUCAUA